AUGUUUGAAUCUGCUGUCUGUCAAUCUGCGUAUACCUGCCGGCCUCUGUCUUUACAUUCGCGCGGGGUGGAGCUACGCCGCUACUCAACCGGGAAUUCAGUACUUUCUGAACUGGCUGAGGUGCUCUAUUUCUCCACCGGAGCCAGGCUGUUUGCGCGCUUGCCGACUGCCGUGGAAAGCUUGGAGGGUAGAGCUUCCUCGGUGCUGUUGAGCUCGAUGCGCUCAGACAGCGAUCCGGGCCGAUCCAAGGUGAGCCCCGUCAGGGAGGAGCUUUGGUCAGCACUGCGUCGUGCCAAGGCCCUGCCCGGCCCUGUCAAUCACUUCUGCCCUCAGCUUCCCCGAAAGCGGAAGCGGCGGAAGCGUCUGCAGGUUCGGAUCGUGGCCGAACAUGUCAGCGGGGUGCCGCAGAUCUUUGUGAGUGGCCUGUUCUUGGUGGUCUACCUGGGAAUGGUCUACACGAUGAUGCGACGCAUGACGGGUGGCCGCGGCAAGGGCUGGGGCGAUGCCCGGAAGAAGGUGAUGCAGGCCCAGCAAGCCUCCGGAUCCAAUGCCUUGGUCACCCGCUUCGAUGACAUCGCGGGCAUCGACCGCUCAAAGCUGGAGGUCCAGGAAGUGGUUGAGAUGCUGCGAUCUCCCGGAAGGUAUGCCGCCCUCGGUGCCAGUGUUCCCAGGGGUGUGCUGCUGGCUGGCCCGCCUGGGUCCGGGAAGACUCUCCUGGCCCGGGCCACUGCCGCGGAGGCUGGCGUGCCCUUUCUCAACGCUGCAGCCACCGAGUUCGUUGAGCUCUUUGUUGGCCGCGGUGCAGCUCGUGUGCGCCAGCUCUUCGAACGGGCGCGGAAGAUGGCGCCGUGUAUUGUGUUUAUCGACGAGAUCGAUGCGCUUCGGGCCCGCUCCAACAACCUCAUGGGAAUGGCCGGCGGCAAUCAGGAGGCUGAGUCUACAUUGAACCAGCUACUGACAUGCAUGGACGGCUUGGCCACUCGCGAGCCCGGCCGUCCGGUUGUCGUCAUUGCGGCCACCAACAGACCCGAGGUUCUGGAUGAAGCACUACUCCGCCCAGGACGCUUCGAUCGAGUCGUUCAGGUGCCGCUCCCGAAUGCCGCCGGACGAUUGGAGAUUCUGAAAGUCCACCUUCGGCUGCGUUCGGUGCCUGUGGCCCCGGAGGUUACCGCAGAACAGCUGAGCGACAUCGCCGAAAGGUGUGAUGGCUUCCCAGGUGCUGCUUUGGAAGCCAUCGUGAACGAGGCCGCCAUCCGUGCUGCUCGUCGGAACUCAUCGACGGUCAGCAUGAUCGAUUUUGAAUCGGCUGUGUCUGAGUUCAAUCAAUCUCGAGAGAAGACGAGGCAAGACUUCCCGUGGAAGCUGUAG